ACCACCUGCGACAGGUGGAGCGCGCGGCGCGGGCGCACGGCCAUGUCCUCCGAGGGCACGGAGCCGGGGCCGGGGUCCGGGCCCGGACCGGGGCCUGAGCCGGGGCCACUUUGUCCCGAUCACGGCCAGGCUCUGAGCUGGUUCUGUGGCUCCGAGCGACGUCCCGUUUGCGCUGCCUGCACGGGUCUGGGCGGCCGCUGCCGGGGGCACCGCAUCCGCCGGGCGGAGGAGCGCGCCGAGGAGCUGCGGAACAAGAUUGUGGACCAGUGUGAGAGGCUGCAGUUACAGAGUGCUGGCAUCAGCAAGUACAUGGCAGACGUCCUGCCAGGGAAGAAUCAGAGAGCAGUGAGCAUGGCCAGUGCAGCAAGGGAACUGGUUAUCCAGCGGUUGAGUCUGGUGAGAAGUCUUUGCGAGAGUGAGGAGCAGCGGUUACUGGAACAGGUGCAUGGCGAAGAGGAGCGGGCCCACCAGAGCAUCCUGACACAGCGGGUGCACUGGGCCGAGGCGCUGCAGAAGCUUGACACCAUCCGCACCAGCCUGGUGGGCAUGCUCACCCACCUGGAUGACCUCCAGCUGAUUCAGAAGGAGCAAGAGAUUUUCGAGAGGACUGAAGAAGCAGAGGGCAUUUUGGAUCCCCAGGAGUCGGAAAUGUUAAACUUUAAUGAGAAGUGCACUCGGAGCCCACUACUGACCCAACUCUGGGCAACGGCAGUUCUUGGGUCCCUCUCAGGUACAGAGGACAUACGGAUCGAUGAGAGGACAGUCAGCCCCUUCCUGCAAUUGUCAGAUGAUCGAAAGACCCUGACCUUCAGCACCAAGAAGUCAAAGCCCUGUGCAGAUGGCCCGGAGCGCUUUGACCACUGGCCCAAUGCCCUGGCUGCCACCUCCUUCCAGGAUGGGCUCCAUGCCUGGAUAGUGAAUGUCCAGAACAGCUGUGCCUAUAAGGUGGGCGUGGCCUCAGGCCACCUGCCCCGCAAGGGCUCUGGCAGUGACUGCCGUCUGGGCCACAAUGCCUUUUCCUGGGUCUUCUCUCGCUAUGAUCAGGAGUUUCGUUUCUCACACAAUGCGCAGCACGAGCCCCUGGGGCUGCUGCGGGGCCCAGCCCAGCUGGGUGUGCUGCUGGACUUGCAGGCUCGGGAGCUGCUCUUCUAUGAGCCAGCCUCUGGCACAGUGCUCUAUACCUAUCAUGGGGCCUUCCCUGGGCCCCUCUUCCCAGUCUUUGCUGUGGCCGAUCAGACCAUUUCCAUCGUUCGCUGACCUCUGGCCACAGGAAGCCAGGUCCACCUCCCACCACCCUUUCAGGCCAUGUUUUUACUGAGUGUCCUUUUCCCAAAUGAUGUAUGUGGUGUUUCUAAGGGAAACAGGGCCCACAAUCAGUGGGCAGCUUUAGGAGGGAUGGGGAUCUGUUUCAGAUCUAGGCACAACCUGUAAAUCACAGGUGUCCAAACUUUUGGCUGCCCUGAGCC